AUGGAUAUGGCCGUCGAUGAUGACUUGUUGGUGAAUCCUAAGCCGAUGAUGGAGGAGCCACAGGUCGACUACCGAGUUUAUCCGAUCCCCGAUACAGUCCCAGAUGAAAAUUUGGAAAAAUUUUUUCAGAACGCGAAAUCGAAAUUAGAAAAGUAUGGCAUCACAAUCACUCUGAAUGCGGCUGAGCGAACCCUCACAUUCGUACAAGGGGUAAGUAAGUGGAACCCUGGCCCUGUCUUGAACAAAUAUGGCAAGUUUGAAAUCACCACUUUCACUGUGCCCUUCCCCGAAAAUCGAGCAACAAAGUUGAAACAUGUUUGGCCCGACGUCGAAGAAUUCUUGUAUGAGUUUGCCAUUUCAUGCAAUCUCAAUUUGGCACUUUCAAAAGCAACACAAUGUCAUAUCUUUCUUAACGAGAACACUUUUACUGCUGUGACUGCUGUGGAGAAUACAGUUGAAAGAAUUUCAUGGCUCAGGUCAGUUGUGGGAGACUGCAUCACCAAAAAUUUGUGUCCUGCAACCUCUAUCAGGAAGUUUGGAAACGAAUUUGGAAUGCAUCAAUCGAUGGAUGAUCUUGAGGAUCCACAUGCCAAGCACAUGGAGAUGGUGAGGUCUGCCCCUUUUUUUCUCAGAGAUAGCAUGCCUGAAGUCUGCUCUCUCUAUACGUUACUCCAUGAAAAACGAGCAGCAAAGUUGCUAGAAGCUUCGUCGAUGCUGGAGUCUUCCCUAAGUAACUAUGGCAUUUCAUGUACUCUGGAGAAGGAUUCCAUGGCAUUCACAACAACGAGAUGUACUAAUGAGCCAGAUAUCAUUGACAAGGCUUUUCAGCUACUUGAACUUCUGUCAACAACUCAUGUUCCAGUAUCUCUGGCAAUAGAAAUAUUGGAUGGUAGUAUGCAAACUUGCGUAAUUAAAAUUGGGAAUCAAGAAGGUGGGAUUUGCUCAGACUUUGGGAUCAGUGAGGAGGAAUACCUUAUACGAUGGGAAUGUCUUCGCCACUCCCUACAGGCAGUUGCCGAAACGGCGGAAUGUAAUGUAUUUCUCAACUAUUACACUGUUGCUGCUGUGGGGAAAACUUCACUAGAAUUGUUCAAGCAGUCAGUGGUAAACUGCUUUCUUCAUAAUCUGUGUCCUGGGACUGUUUGCACGGAUUAUAAUUCUGCAUCACGAGGGCUGGAAAAUAUUGAAGAUCCACACGUCAAGCACAUGGAGAUGGAAAAAUCGGGGUCGUCGUUGCACAUGCUUGAAGUCAGCUCCUUCUGUACAUUCUUUUCGCAACUACAAGCAACUCAGUUGUAUGAUAAUUGGUCAAUUGUGGAAUCGUGUUUACAAAAGCAUGACAUUUCGUGCAAACUGGUUGCGGCCGAGUUUUACAUGACAGUGUCUGUAACCACAAAGGCCGGGGAAUCAAAUAUUAGUGACAAGAUUUUGGACGUUCUUAAACUUUUAUCAGUUGGUAUUCCACCUUCUAAGGCAAUACAAGUGCUGGAAGGCAGUAUGUACUAUGACUUCAUCCGGACAGGGUCUCAGUAUGGCGGGUUUUGCUUAAAAUAAGGGAUCACGAAGGAGCAAUUUGAUCAAGUGGUUUGACCACGAGUUGAUCUCGGUUUAGAGGAAAUGGCAAGAAUCAUGAACUGUGAUGUCAGGACUAGUGUAAGGAAUAAUACUGUUCCCUGGUGCUUCGGAUGGUUUACAUUUUUUUUUUCUCGGUAUUCUCAGACUAUACUAAUAUAAUGAUCUUUACUUGCAUGUU